CAUUUUGUACUAAGUUUAGGUUCUAUUUGUAAUCAUGUCGGGAAAAGCGAGCGAAGCAAACGCUCUGGAAGUAAAACUUACAGGUCAACGAUUGUUCGUUGUGGCAUCCAUUCUUGUCACAGAACUAUGUGAACGUUUGACGUAUUAUAGUGUUGUGGCAAACAUGGUAUUAUAUUGUACUGCAAAGUUGGAUUACAAUAGUGACCAAGCUUCAGUUAUAACUCUCGUCUUCUCUGGGACAGUCUAUCUGAUUCCAGUGAUUGGCGGCUAUGUGUCUGAUGCUUUCGCUGGAAAGUUUAAAACUAUUCUCGGCUCUGGUAUCAUCUAUGUUGCAGGUCUGGUCUUGCUUUUCUGUUCGGCUGUUAACUAUGUAAGCUGGUUUGGUGCUGGGAGCGAAGUCGCUACUGGUGGACGUAGAGGUUUAUUUUUCUCCGGUCUCGUACUUGUUGCAUUAGGAACAGGAGGGAUAAAGGCCAAUGUGGGACCUUUUGGAGCACAACAGGUUGAUGAGCUUGGAGCAGAUGCCGUGCAGUCUUUCUUCAACUCGUUUUACUGGUUUAUCAACUUGGGAGCUUUGAUUGCGUAUUCCGGGUCAGCCUAUGUUCAACAAGAGAUAGGUUUCGACUACGGCUUCCUUAUACCCCUCGCCAGUAUGGUUAUAGCCCUUGUAUUGUUUGUUGCUGCCAGAACUAAGUACAUACAGACACCUCCAGGAGGAAGUAUUCUUCAAACAACAUGUGGUGUGUUAUGCCAGAGUAUUAAUGGAUGCAAAGACCCUUCCUGGAAUCGCGCACAAGUGGAAAAUGGUGGACGCUACAGUUUGGAAAUGGUCGAAGGAGUUAAAUCUGUUUUGCGAGUCAUGCCAGUCUUUCUACUUAUCAUAAUAUACUGGGCUGUGUAUUCGCAGAUGAGUACUUCACUGUUUCUACAAAGCGAAAGAAUGGACCUGGCGGUCGGAGACGCAAAAAUGCCAGCAGCUGUACUAAACAUUUUCAAUACGAUAAUUAUUUUGAUUCUUAUUCCUAUCAUGGACAGGCUAGUUUAUCCUGUAAUGGCAAAACAUGGUAAAAACCCAACACAUUUACAGAGAAUAGGAGUAGGAAUAAUACUAGCAGGUUUAUCAAUGAUGUAUGCUGGUGGGAUAGAAAUAGUUCGCAAAAAAGACAUAGCAAACCACGGCUACAUAAACCAGACUCUUGCAGGCGACGAAUUCCAAGCAUCACAUUUGUCCAUGUUCGCCCAGAUUCCGGAAUUCGCCUUUAUUGGCUCUAGUGAAGUGUUUGCGAGUAUUUCAGGUCUGGAGUUUGCGUAUACACAAGCACCGCAGUUUAUGCAGGGGCUUAUUAUGGGUUUGUUUCUGAUGACUUCCGGCAUAGGAAGUUAUCUUGCGUCAGCAAUUGUUGCCAUAGUAGGAUUAUGGAGAAAAGACGAUGCAUCCGACUGGUUCCCAAAGGAACCGAACCAUGGUCAUCUAGAAUACAUGCUGUUUAUGCUAGCAGUCCUCACUGGAAUAAGCUUCUUUGUUUUCGUGUUUGUCGCUAAACAGUAUAAAUACAAGAUGCCCGAAGUGGAUACUGAAACAGACAUCCAUAUCUAUCAAGAAGUGGAUAUUCAGAAAGAUAUCCCUAUCUAUCAGAAUUCAGACCUUCAGUCACACGGAAUGAACCCACCUGCAUAUAGUACAACAUUCACUGCUUAUCAAAACAGUGCAUAUCAACCAGACAUAGAAAUCGUGCAACCUGGAUUUUCAGAAACGGCAAGACUGUAAUACGAGACUGAAAAUAUAACCGAAGCUUGUUAAACCGAGCAUGGUACAUAAAUGUAUAUAUGAGGUAUGACCUACAAUCUGAAACUUGCAAUUUAUAAUACAUGUACAACUAAUGUCUACAUCACAUCCUUAUAUAUUAGUACUUUAUACAAGCUCGCAUAACUUUUAAGUGAUGUAGCUAUUGAGUAAAAAGUGCUAUAUAAGUUUAAAACACACCAAAAGCGCAGGAACUGAUAUGGGUUAUCGUGAAGUUUGACAAGACAAUCGCUUUGUUAUAACUGCUGUACAGUUUGAUACAUAUCGCAAUUUACUUGUAUUUCAAUACUUCUCAUGCUUCAAUUCUUGGAAUCUGAAUAAUGACAGAUUUGUGAAAAAAACUUUAAAUGCAUACCUACAUUUAUAUAACUGCGUUCAGACAACACAACUUCUGAUAAAAAAAUCGGUUAAGUAUUUCUUAAUCACUUAACAUCCAUGUUAAUGCCAUGUUAACCUUUGACCUUCAAAUGUGACCUUGACGUUUAAGUGAGUGAGUGAGUGAGUGAGUUGGGUUUUACGGCGAAUCGACACAAAAUGGUCAUAUAUCGCCGAGAAGAAGUCAUAUUGCAAACGCCAACUGUAAAGUCUGAACAUUGUUGUAAAAAUGUAAAGCAUACCUAAAAACAUCCAUGUAAAAAUGUAAAGAACACUAUGAAUAAUGUAAAACAUAUCUAAAAGCAUCCAUGUAAAAAUGUAAAGCAUAUCUAAAAACAGUAAUGUAAAAAUGUACCUUGACGUUUAAAGUAAGGGUCUGAAAGUUGUGCAUGAUACAUAUAUACUAAAAAUGUAUAUAAAUCAUAGCUAUAUAUCAUAUAAUUCAGAAAGACAUUAUGAAGUUUGAAAAUGUCUGGAAAUCUAUAAUAUUGCUAAAUGCUUUAAAUGGACCCUGGGUCAUGAUUUAAAAUCUUAGUAAAGGACCACUAGACAAUGCCAUAUGUAAACUAUCUAAGCUCUAUGAUUCUCGAUUUCAGAGAAGAACUUUUUUUAAUGUUUUUCCUAUAAACCUCUAUGUAAAUUCAAGGAACCACGGGGCGGGACCACUAUUGAACCUGGGAUCAUGUACGUGAAGGUAAAAUGUUGCUUUUGAUUUUAAGAAAUUGUAGUUGUUAAAACUUUGUCCUUAAUGAGUUUUUUUCCAAACAGCUACAAGUAUAGAAAAAAGGUUCACUUAAGCCUUAUAUGGCAUACUCAAGUUAGAUAAUUUUCAAAUUGAUUAUAAUUAGAUAAAAAAAAAUUACCUUGUUUGCUACCAAUAUUUUAUUUUUAAACAAAUUUAUCAUAAUCAUUCUGUUCAAAACAUGUCACUGGAUAUAGCUGAAAUCACAACAUUAUGAGAAAUUGAGCAUUUUCAGCCACCUUUAGGUCGCAUGGGAAUGUUUUUAGUAGUGAACACUCUCAACGACCACAAAAAUAAUUUUCCAUAGGUCUAGCCUUUUUCACAGAAUUUACGGUCAUGUUUUCAUGUAUUUGUCUUUGAUUUUGAAUAAAUUGUAAAAUAUUGAUAAAACAAUAAUUUUUUUAUGCAAGAAAAUUGCGAAUUUACUCCAUUUAGAGUCUUUAAGAUUUUAGGUCAUUUUAGGGAAAAAGGGAACCUUCUCCUAAGCUAUAUAUAUGAGUCAGGCGUCAUUUCGUUCGUUUUUCGUGUCCGCUCAAUUCUAGGAAGAUUUAGAAAAAAACCUUAACUUAAAGGUCAAAUAGUUUAAAUUUAUGUCUACUCCAAAUCAUCUUAACCACUUGAAAGAUAUUUAUUAAAUUAGUAUCUACAUUAUUUUGUUAACUCCCUCCAGACAACGUGCAGAGUGGACAGCCCAAUUCACCUGGUCUAAGGUCAAGGUAACACCACAAGUCAAUGGUCAAAUAGCUAAAACAUUUUGCCCUCCAUUUUCUAAACCACUGGGCCAAUCUUCAUAAAGCUAGAAUCAAUGAUUUACCUCAUAAAGACAAAGCACAAUGUGCACUACCCCUGUCACUUGGUCCAAUGUCAAUGUCACACUUUGAGGUCAGAGAUCAAAUAGGUUAAGUUCGUGUUCGUCCCAUAUCUUCUCACACACAAGGAUUAUCAUAAAACUAGCAUUCAAUUGUUAAUCUAGAUAACAUACGUAGUGCACAAUCCAGGAUAUAUAGUUCAAUGUCAAGGUCAUACUAAGAGGCCAAAGAUCAAAAAGAUGAAAACAAUUACCGCUCCAUAUCUUCUUAACCACUGGAAGGUUUUUCAUACACAUAAAUUAUUAACCUCAUCAAGACGACAUCUCUAAUAGUACUUAACAUUUUAGGUGUACAUGUGUAUUGUGAUUUUUUUUUCUUGUUUCAUAGUUUGUAUUCAAUCUAUUUUGAAUGGUUAUUCAACCAUUGGCUCUGUUCAUUUAAUUAGUUAUUUUAAGCAUUUCUGUUUGAAAAUCAGUAAACUUUGUUGUUUAAACGUAUUUUUUUUCUUGUUGAUGUUUCUUUUCUUUUCUUUUCUUUUUUUUCUGGCGUGGGAUGGGGCGGAGGGUAAUUUUACCGAAUUGUAUUAUUAACAUUAAUAUUAGCUCGUUUUAUAGAAACGUUUUUAACCACAAAUCCUAAUGGUUUAAUAGUAAAGUGUUGACUUUCUUGAGGCAGAUCUAUCAUUAUUUAAAACAAAUAAACAACUUCCCCCGCUGCGUGAUGCGUAGUGAAAUAGGCUAUAGACUUGCGAAAGUAAAAAUGGGGUAAUUAGAUUGCUCUAUGUUUGUCACCAGCUGUUUAUUGUCAUUUAGAGACUAUUAUGUGAUGCUAUUCAUCUGGGGCCCGUUUCACAAAGCCUACAUAGGACACACUUGGUAGUAUUGUGUUUCAUUUUUACUGCUUGGCUAAUCUUAGAAUCUCAUCCGAACGAGAUAAGAUAGAUUUGACCUAAAACUAAGGGAACGACACUUUUUUAAAGGAUUUAAGUUAUAUACUAUAAAAUUAAUGCGAUUUAAAUUCCAUACUGAGAAGAGAAGUUUGGAUGAAACUUAAGAUUUUUUUCUUAAACGCGACCCGGAUAGCAUAAUUCUUACUUCGCCCGAGUUUCAGAUCUGAAAGAUGUUUAGAAAUAAUGACUUUUGGUAUAUAUUAAUAUAGCACUAUAAUAGUUCUUUUCAUUGGUGUGUGCUAGUGUACCAAAUUCCGAUAUGAAUAACCGUAAGAUUCACAAGAAUAAUGAUUGAUCAAAUGAUAAAGAACAUGGUAAACUGACAGUAAGCUUUCAUUUUCAGCACUGUUUUCAGUUCUGUUCAAAAUAAAUGUCAUGCUAUCUGUCUAAAUAUUAUUUGGCAUUUCUUAUAUUUUAUUUUUCAUAUAAUUGUGUUGCUUUGUCAAAUAUGAUUAUUAAAAUAUUAUUAUAUUUCCUAGAACUGUUUACAUUUUUCAAAACUAAGCAAAGUUUAUCUGUAUAUUUCAGAUGCAUUAUGUCCUUGUCUACUGACUUGUAGUAAAUAA